CUACCACCACCCACCGCAACCAAUUGCCCGCCCCAUACCACCCCGCCUCUCUUUCCAACGAUAGCAAACAUGUCUGCCCCAUUCGCCCGCGGAUUCGCGACCGCCGCCCGCAUGGCGUCGAAGUCGGAGGGCGCCCUUCUUAGCAAGGGCGCGAAGAAGGACCCCGAGCUUUAUAUCCUGAUGGCCGCUACCUGCGCUGCCGUUGGCGGUGCCGGUUACUACCUUGGCGCCCACCCAACCUCUGGAACCUCUGAGGCCCAGAUUUCCACCUCCCCCAACAGCAAGCCGUGGGAGCAGCCUGCGCCGUCCGACUCCAAGGGCGACUUCAAGUACCAAUACCACCCUGGUGGAAACCCGGCCAAUGCGCCGAGGGAUGCGCCGAGUGCGCUGCACAGCGUCAUUGUUCCCAAUGUCAACUUGCCAAAGGAACUCCACGAGAAGUACAACAAGUGGGGCAAGGACGGUUACUAGAGACCGCUUUUACACUUCUUGGAGAUCUGUAUUGUAUAAAGGUGUAGAUAGAAGGUCGUGCAGUCUGGCGAUUUCAUAAAUAAAUAAUGGUCUGACCUGCACAUGCAUCAACUGUUCC